AUGUGGUCCAAAUACGUUCUUAUCUUUGGGGCAGUUCUUGCCUUUAACUUUGCAGUGGAUUUACAGGAUGCAGUUGUUUUCAAGUUCUCGAAUUUCCAGUGCAAGAGUUACAACGAAUCGUGGUUCGUUUUCAACUAUUAUCGUCUGAAGGCCGUCAGUCGGGACAGGGUUCUGCUUAAUAUGAAUGGAACUAUUCUGCAUCCGGCUUACAACAUUAAAGCUCACGUAAAAGUCUAUAAAAAGGCCAAUGGUUUCAAGCCAUGGGUACUGGAGGCCACUACUGACGCGUGCAGCUUUAUAAAGAAGCGCAGUGAUCCAUUCUUAAGAAUCGUCUACAACAUCUUCAAAGAAUUCACGAACAUUAAUCACUCCUGUCCCUACGUGGGUCACCAACUUCUCAAAGAUUUUUAUCUGAAACGGGAGUUAUUAGUUCUACCCCUUCCAUCUGGAGAGUAUUUGCUGGCUAUGCGGUGGUACUUCGAUAAGGAACUCACAUUCGAUACCAAUGUCAGUUUUAUUUAUAUGGAAGAUCUGCUAAAAAGAACAUAG